UCUCCGCUGUCGACCUUCGAAUUUUUUUUUGCUGUCGGGUGACGCGUAGCGGCAUGGCGAGCAAGGAGCCCAAUAGGUUGGUCCAGAACCUCCGGGACCUGAUGGGUCGCAUGGCGGGCUCGUCGGGCGGCAGAGGCGCCGGACUUGGAAUCAAACUCUUGCUCGGCGCCGGCGCCUUGGCGUACGCCGUCAAAGAAGCUACGUACACGGUGGAGGGCGGUCACCGAGCAGUGGUGUUCAACAGGAUCGGGGGGAUGCAAAUGGACACGGUGCUGGCCGAGGGCCUUCAUUUCAGGAUCCCAUGGUUCCAGUACCCCAUCAUCUACGACAUCAGAGCCAAGCCCAGAAAGAUCUCCUCGCUGACGGGUAGCAAAGACCUGCAGAUGGUGAACAUCGCGGUGAGGGUGCUGUCUCGUCCGAUGGCGUCCAAUCUUCCCAUCAUGUAUCAGCGUUUGGGCAAGGACUACGACGAGCGCGUGCUGCCCUCCAUCGUCAACGAAGUCCUCAAGUCUGUGGUGGCCAAGUUCAACGCCUCGCAGCUCAUCACGCAACGAGCACAGGUAUCGCUGUUGGUGCGGAGGGAGCUUUUCGAGCGCGCCAAAGACUUCAACAUCAUCUUGGAUGACGUGUCCAUCACGGAGCUGAGCUUCAGCAGCCAGUACACUGCCGCCGUUGAGGCCAAGCAAGUCGCUCAACAAGAGGCGCAGAGGGCUCAGUUCUUCGUGGAGAAAGCCAAACAAGACCAAAGGCAGAAGAUCAUCCAGGCCGAAGGAGAAGCCGAGGCCGCCAAGAUGCUGGGACAAGCGGUCACCAAAAACCCAGGCUACCUGAAGCUGAGACGCAUCCGAGCCGCUCAGACCAUCGCCAAGACGGUGUCGACGUCUCAGAACAAAGUGUAUCUAAAUGCUGACAGUUUGAUCCUCAACCUGCAGAACCAGGCCUCGUUUGACGAUUUGGCGUCUGGCCAGAAGAAGUGAUGAAGAGCCCCUUGUCUUCAUCACAACAGGAGCUCGCCAUCCGUGAGGCGAGCCGGUGGACAACAAACACAAAAAGAUGAAAAGUAAUUUUUGGUUUUUGUAGUUUUUUUUUUUUUUUUUUUUUUUUUUAUUAAUAUUGAGAUUUGUCGAUGAAAUGAGUGAUCUUGUUGAACGUCAUAACCCAAAUCACUCAGAAACGUGUGUUAAUUUAUGCGUUAAUAAAGUUACCAUGUUCAAAAGCA